AUGGGGCUCCCGCGCGGGCCGUUCUUCUGGCUGCUGCUCCUGUUCACGGCUGCCUGCUCGGGGCUCCUCUUUGCCCUGUACUUCUCGGCGGUGCAGCGGUACCCGGGGCCAGCGGCCGGAGCCAGGGACAUCACAUCAUUUCAAGCACUCUUUCAACCCAAGGCAUCGAAUUCUUGGACAGGAAAGGGCCAGGCCUGCCAACAGCUGCUUCACCUGGCCAUUCAGCGGCACCCCCACUUCCGUGGCCUGUUCAAUCUCUCCAUUCCAGUGCUGCUGUGGGGGGACCUCUUCACCCCAGAGCUCUGGGACCACCUGAGCCAACACAAAGCCCCGUAUGGCUGGCGGGGGCUCUCUCACCAAGUCAUCGCCUCCACCCUGAGCCUUCUGAACGGCUCAGAGAGCGCCAAGCUGUUUGCCCCACCCAGGGACCCCCCUCCAAAGUGUAUCCGGUGUGCCGUGGUGGGCAACGGAGGCAUUCUGAAUGGGUCCCGCCAGGGUCCCAACAUUGAUGCCCAUGACUAUGUGUUCAGACUCAAUGGAGCUGUGAUCAAAGGCUUCGAGCGCGAUGUGGGCACCAAGACUUCCUUCUAUGGUUUCACUGUGAACACAAUGAAGAACUCCCUCGUCUCCUACCGGAACCUGGGCUUCACCUCCGUGCCUCAAGGACAGGACCUGCAGUAUAUCUUCAUCCCCUCAGACAUCCGAGACUAUGUGAUGCUGAGAUCGGCCAUUCUGGGCGUGCCUGUGCCCGAGGGCCUAGAUAAAGGGGACAGGCCGCACACCUAUUUCGGACCAGAAGCCUCUGCCAGUAAAUUCAAGCUGCUACAUCCGGACUUCAUCAGCUACCUGACAGAAAGGUUCUUGAAAUCAAAGUUGAUUAACACAAACUUUGGAGACCUAUAUAUGCCUAGUACCGGGGCUCUCAUGCUGCUAACAGCUUUGCAUACCUGUGACCAGAGACAGGGUCUCACCACAUUGCCCAGGCUGGUCUCAAACUUCCAAGCUCAAGCGAUCCUCCCACCUCAGCUUCCCAGCGUUGGGAUUACAGGCGUGAGCCACCACACUGGGCCUUUUCCUAUUCUGAUGCAGGAGUGUCUUGACUGCAGUCCCCAAUUAGGAUGGGGAGAGAGUAGUAAUGGGCUUUUGCCCCCACCCUCGAGUUCCAAACCCAGCUCUGGCAAUCACCAGUUACGCCAAGUGGGGACACAGUCAGUGCCUAUGGGUUCAUCACAAGCAACUACUGGAAAUUUUCCGACCACUAUUUCGAACGAAAAAUGAAGCCAUUGAUAUUCUAUGCAAACCACGAUCUGUCCCUGGAAGCUGCCCUGUGGAGGGACCUGCACAAGGCCGGCAUCCUUCAGCUGUACCAGCGCUGACCCCAAGGCACUGAGCCCUUUGUUUCUUCCAGAGUUGCGUCCCUGAUCCUCUCAACUAGCCAAAAGCUUUUUUCUUAACUUUUCAAUCUUCACCUUCCCUUCUUGCCAACAGAGGGCACUGGGGUGAAUUCACAAUUAUCAUCGAAGUCUGUUCAAUGUAGGACACCCCAGCUUGUCCCUGGCUCAUCCAAGAAAACUCUUCUGUAUCUAAAACAAUCAAUCUUGGCCAAGGGAAAAUGGACUGCUUUGCUGGAUUUGCACUGAGCAACUUCAGGAAAUGUCAGUGGAGUGUUCAGUAAGAUCAAACAGCAGUCCAGGUCAAAGACAAACACACACGCUCCAGCCCAAAUCUUCCUGGUGGCACAUCCUACCCCAGAGGCUAAAGUGAUUCAAGGACUCCAGGACCCCUCUUAAGAGCCUUUCUAAGAACAUGAUAGGCUUACUUCUGCUUCAUAAUAAAGUGGGAGAAAAAAGCCAGAAUAUAACUUAAGACUAGAUAACUGCGUACAUGAUGGACCACUUUUUUUUUUUUUUGGCUGGGUAGAGAAAUCAUAUAAAACGCAGGCUGUUUAGCAUGGAGAUCACUCUCAGAACACUGGGGGUGGUCUGGCACUUGAUGGGGGUUAGUUGCUUGGCAGCCUGCCACCGAGGGAAGUCCCAUUAGAGAUGUAUCACCACCUUGUCACCAACAGGAUGAUGUUACCAGGUAAUAAACCUUCAUCCUCGUA